AAGGAUGUGUUUUGUUUCCACGAGAGAAGCCAUUUUUUACUCUUUCUAAUUGGAAUUUGCAAUUGUCAACUUUCUUCAUAAAGUGAUAUUAUUAGCUACUCUCAUCUAAACCCAAUUCUCUCUUUAUUAUUUAUAAUAUUAAUUUUUAAUAUCUCAAAUGUCUUGCUAAGCAUAUACAUGUAUAAAUAUAGAGAGACCCAUGAACUAAAAGUCUAACCAUCAGACGUAAAAUCUAAACCCUUAACUUCUCCUCCUUCAUCUUUAUCUUCUUCUCUUUUCUUCCUAAUUUCUCCAUGUCUGAUGAACACAGGGACCACUACUACCUUGCUUCUUUCCAAGAAGAUCACCACCAUGUCAUAGAUGAAACUGGAGCUUACAAUCAAAAGCCUCCUUCCAUUGUUUUAUCGUCAACUUAUGGUUCACAAGUGUUUGAUGAUCCUUCUUCCUACAUGAGCUUCACGGACUAUAACUCUCUUGCAAAUGCCUUUGGCCUGUCGCCUUCGUCUUCUGAAGUUUUUUCAAUUGGAGAUUUAGGUGGAGGAGGAAACAAUAAUGAAAAUCCGGUCACCCCUAAUUCUUCAGUUUCUUUUUCGUCAAGUGAGGCUGGUGGUGAAGAAGAUUCAGGAAAAACCAAGAAAGAGAACCCACCAAAAGUGUCUGAGGAUGGAGGACAAUGUUCUAAGAAAGAGGGCAAGACAAAGAAGAAAGGAGAGAAAAGGCAAAGAGAGCCAAGAUUUGCUUUCAUGACAAAAAGUGAGGUUGAUCAUCUAGAAGAUGGAUAUAGAUGGAGAAAAUAUGGACAGAAGGCUGUUAAGAAUAGUCCUUAUCCAAGGAGCUAUUACAAGUGCACAACUCAGAAAUGCACGGUCAAGAAACGAGUAGAGAGGUCAUUCCAAGAUCCAUCCAUUGUGAUUACAACAUACGAAGGGCAACAUAAUCAUCCGAUCCCUGUGACGCUAAGGGGAAACACUGCAGCUAUGUUCUCUCAUUCUAUGUUUACACCAGCUCCCAUGGAAACUACUAGGCCUGUGAUCUUUCCUCAGGACAUUUUGGUUCAAAUGGCACCCCAUCUAAGCAACCAAGCUGGGGCAAACUCUACAUAUCCACAGAUUCUGAAUGACCAACAUCUUUAUGAUCACCAGUAUCAUCAUCAGGUUCCUGAAUAUGGACUUGUGCAAGACAUAGUGCCUUCCAUGUUCUUUAAACAAGAACCCUGAAAUCAAAUCUUUCUUUCUCAUGCAUUUGUACAUACACACAUAUAUAUAUAUGCUUCAACUACUUGGUUUCAGAUUAUCUUAUUCCUGACCUUUUUAGCUCUUUUUAGCUAGGUUAUGUGAUACUUCUCUUCUUGAUCGAUCUUGAUUAAUACCCACUUCGAAUACGACCUAGAAUUGGAUUAUUUAUGGUUUAAUUCCUUUAGGGAUUAGAUUUGCUUUGCUUCAUGGGAUGGUACUGUAGAGAUCGAGAUUGGGAAAUUUGUUUUAGAGAAUCCAAGAAGAUGAGGUCAACCGUUAGAGCGGUUUUUCGAAAAACCUAGCGGUAGGAGAUUGCAUUUGCAAUUGGUUGUACUGCAAAAUGCAAUCCCAUUAGAUGCUUUUACUAUGGUAUGGAGAUGUGAGAAUGAGAUUCUUCAGAGGAAUUUUCUUUCUCUUUUUUUAAUGAAUGGAAGAAUUUCUCCUUUCUUAUUUAUUUGAUAAAUCAUCUCUCUCAACAAACUGAAAAUUUUAAUUCUUGAUGAAAUAAUUUUCCAAUAUAAUCAAUUUUUAUGUAUA